CGCGCCAACUUUGUUUUUUAAAACUUUGAAAAAACAGUAACAAAAAUGGAUCCAAAAUCGCCUCCACAAGACGCAAAAAUUGAAUUAGAGGAUCAAUUUAUCCUUCGCCUGCCUCGGAAUAUGGCCGAUUUUGUUCGAACAACAAAAUCGAAAAAGCUUCGAAAAAAACUAAAAAUCGAUUUGGAUCCUGAAUCAGGCAAUGGAAUUGUUUAUGUCGCGGGUAAGACCCUAAAAGGUCGCUUACGUAAAUUGCCAACAAUUAUUGAGUCACUUAAAACUUGCAAUAAGACAAUUUGUGUCAAAACGGCAGAUAUCUGUCACAUUUUGGACUGUAUUAAUUACGAUGGGGGCCCUGAAUGUGUCCACGGUCUGACGCCCCCUUUGAAGAACGUAAAACUGAAGAGAUUUCGGAAAUCUUUGAUAAAUAAGGAUGAGACAUCUGUGAAUGUGCAGAAAGAACUGUUUUACUUGCUUCAGGCCGAUUUGGAGGCGGUUUCAACAAAAUUUGAAAUAAUUUAUUCAAAUACCAAGGAAAAACAAGUAGUACAUCAAGAAAAAACCCAGAUUGAAAUAUUUGGAAAUGUUUUAACAGAUUCGGAGACUGACAGUAAUGUCGAAGAUGUCGAGGGGAUGGGUUGUGAAUAAAAUUUUUUAUUUUUACGAGUAGAAAAAGCCAAAAUACGUUUUGUUUUUUAUUACAGGAAUCUGUAAUUUUGUUAGAAACUUGCCAUAGGUUUUUUAUUUAUGAUUAGAAUUGUUAUUUUUGUUGCAUUUAUGAAUGCGAGAGCUUUAAGAUAAACCUAUAAGGAGCGAAAUGUUUAUUUAUGUAGCUUUAAGUUUUGUUGUUACAGGAAUCUGUAAUUUGCGUUGUA